AAAAGAAAAAAAAUUAGGCUGGCAAUAAAGAGAGAGAAAGAGGAAGUAAAGACGGAGAUGAAUCGUGCCGUGCUGGCUCUCCCUCUCUCCUGGUUCUUGCUUCUCACACGACCUAUCAAUAUUACCCUCGGAUCUUGCAUCUAGGCCCUCGAGCUUUGCUUCUGAUCCGACCUGAGACGAAGGGGAUUUCUAAUGGCUACGGCAAAGACGGCUAGGGCUAGAGGCUCGGCGGCGGCGAAGGAAAACGGGGUGAAACUCGAGGAGGGUCUCAGUUUCUUCAAGUCUGACAAAUUCGACGCCGAUGCCUUCGUCCAGUCCCGCUGCUCUCUCAACGACAAGGAAAUAAAGCAAUUAUGUUCAUACCUAUUGGAUCUGAAAAAAGCAUCUGCCGAGGAAAUGCGUAGAAGUGUCUAUGCUAAUUAUGCAGCCUUUAUACGCACAUCAAAAGAGAUAUCAGAUUUAGAGGGGGAGCUUUCUUCCAUCAGAAACCUGCUAUCUACUCAGGCUGCUUUAAUUCAUGGUUUAGCUGAUGGUGUCCACGUUGAUUCCUUGUCAAUCUCUGUUUCAGAAGGUAAUAAGGUUAACAAGUUAUUGAUUUCUGAAGAUAGAGAACCCUCAGAACUGGAGAAAUGGUUGUUAGAAUUCCCUGAUCUCUUGGACGUUCUAUUAGCUGAGAGGAGAGUGGAUGAAGCCUUGGCUGCACUUGAUGAAGGAGAGCGUGUAGCUUCCGAAGCAAAAGAAUUGAAAACGUUGACCCCAGCUGUACUCAUGUCUCUACAGACUUCUAUUAUUGAAUGCAGGCAAAAGUUAGCUGAUCAGCUCGCUGAAGCUGCUUGCCAGCCUUCCACGCAUGGUGGUGAACUUCGUGCAGCUAUAUCAGCUCUUAAAAGGCUUGGGGAUGGCCCUCGUGCUCACAGUUUGCUACUUAAUGCUCAUCUACAAAGAUACCAGUAUAAUAUGCAAAGCCUUCGCCCAUCAAGCACCUCAUAUGGUGGAGCAUAUACUGCUGCUCUCUCACAGCUGGUGUUCUCUGCUAUUGCUCAGGCUGCAAGUGAUUCAUUUGCCAUUUUUGGUAAGGAACCAGCUUAUACUUCUGAGCUCGUGAUGUGGGCUACAAAGAAAACAGAGGCUUUUGCUCUUCUUGUUAAAAGACAUGCAUUAGCUUCUUCAGCAGCGGCCGGAGGUUUAAGAGCUGCUGCAGAAUGUGUUCAAAUAGCAUUAGGUCAUUGUUCAUUAUUAGAAACACGUGGCUUAACACUUUGUCCUGUGCUCUUGAAGCUCUUCAGGCCCAGUGUUGAACAAGCACUAGAUGCUAAUUUAAAAAGAAUUGAAGAGAGCACUGCUGCUCUAGCUGCUGCUGAUGAUUGGAUGCUCACGUACCCUCCAACAGCUACACGUCAAUCUGGCAGGCCUUCAAGCACAUCCCUUGGUAACACAACAGUGUUUCAACACAAACUUACAAGUAGUGCUCAUCGGUUCAAUUUGAUGGUUCAGGAUUUCUUCGAAGAUGUGGGACCACUUCUGAGUAUGCAGUUAGGAGGUCAAACGCUUGAAGGGUUGUUUCAAGUAUUUAACUCAUAUGUGAACAUGCUCAUAAAAGCAUUACCAGGUUCAAUGGAGGAAGAAGCAAACUUUGAAGCUUCUGGAAAUAAAAUUGUCCGAAUGGCUGAUACGGAUGCUCAACAGAUCGCAUUGCUAGCAAAUGCAUCAUUACUAGCUGAUGAACUACUUCCGCGUGCAGCCAUGAAACUUUCCCCUCUUAAUCAGGCUACUUACAAGGAUGAAACUCAUAGAAGACCUUUAGAUAGGCAAAAUCGUCAUCCUGAGCAAAGAGAAUGGAAGAGGCGGCUUGCGAACUCAGUUGACAGAUUAAAAGAUACUUUUUGUCGUCAGCAUGCUUUAGAUCUCAUUUUUACAGAGGAAGGUGACAGCCAUCUUACUGCAGACAUGUACAUAAAUAUGGAUGGGAAUGUGGAUGAAUUCGAGUUGUCUCCAUCUCUUAUAUUCCAGGAACUUUUUCUGAAACUGUACAGAAUGGCUAGCAUAGCAGCAGAUAUGUUUGUUGGCAGGGAAAGAUUUGCUAUUUUGCUAUUAAUGAGACUUACUGAAACUGUUAUCUUGUGGCUUUCGGAAGACCAAAGCUUUUGGGAUGAUAUUGAGGAAGGGUCAAAGCCUUUAGGUCCUCUUGGUCUACGACAGUUCUAUUUGGACAUGAAGUUCGUGAUAUGUUUCGCUUCCCAAGGUCGUUACUUAUCUCGGAAUUUGCAUCGAGUUGUCAAAGAGAUCAUAUCAAAAGCCAUGGCAGCAUUUGCUGCAACAGGGAUGGAUCCCGAUAGUGCACUACCGGAUGAUGACUGGUUUAUUGACAUCUGUCAAGAAGCAAUUGAAAGAUUGAGUGGAAAACCAAAAGCCAUCAACGUAGAUCGGGAUCCUAACAGUCCAACUGCAUCUGUUUCAGCACAAUCAAUUUCAUCUGUGAGAUCUCAUGGCAGUUCCUAAUGCAUAGUUUUAUCCAUGUAAAUUAGACAGCAAGAGAAUCCGUUGUGGAUAUGCUGGCGGGUACUUGUAUGCAUUGUAAGCUCUGUUCAUUUACUUUUUUCCCCUAAUUUUUUUUCAUCUUCCUCUCCCUGCAUGGUCAAGAGUGUAGGACAUUAUUGUUUUAUGCUCUCUAAUUGAGCGAGCAUUGGGGUUUGUAAAUGUUCAUUGCAUCAAAAA